AUGGCUUCACCUCCUCCGUUCCUACCGACCAACACAAGUGAGAUGAGCUCCAACCCUACGACAACACCAACACCGGCGACUCCCUCUCCCAGACCUGAUAUUAAAGGUCGCAGUGCAAGCGACGGAUCACAGUGUGCGAUCACAACUUCAAGGACUUUGUCUCCAGCAACCACGCUCUCCCCAUUAUCAACCGAGUCUUCGCCAUCGUCACCUCCAGGGAGAGCCCAUCUCUCUUUCCCCUUUCCCUUCUCCAGAUCAAGCUCCAAGUCCCCCCGGCCACCACCGAUAGACCUAAACAUUCCGCCCUCCGGUACCAACCUCAAGCAGCACACCCAGACCUCGCCAGCACACCCGGCCCAAAGUCCUUCUCAUGAUCACCCACGGACACAGACACAGAGACACACUUCCGACAGCGCCAUCCUCUCCCCUUCAGCCAUGGCCACGAGCCCACUGCCGUCGCCCGACCUCCAGAAACGGGACAGCUGGAUCCAGAAGAAACCGCGGCACAGCGGACGCUCGCCUGGCGGAUACGGGCGGCACAGCGACGAUUGGCUCUUCAACGGCAUCAGCAUCACGCAGACGGCCAAGGAGAUUGUGCAUCGAAGCAGGAGGACCUCCAAGAAAGAGGACGGCGGCGGCGGCGGCGACGACGCAGCUGGACAUCGUUGA